AUGAUUUUUCUUAAACCUUCAAAAAGCCAGUCCUCCACAGUCUAUUUUCCACCGGACAAAAUUGAACAAGCUCAGCAAAAUUCUGUGCGGAAGAUAGUGGAAGACUUAAUUAAAAAUUCUUCAACUAGAUUAGAGGAAGUUAAAAAUUACGACGUUUAUAUUUUGCGUGUAAAUAGUAGUCAUGAAGGAGCCGGGCCAUCCUCAGGGGUAGCUCAUUACCUUGCUCUUUAUAGUGCUUUAAAUAAAAUUCCCUUGCCCAAAAAUCUGGCUUCUACUGCUACUAUUGAGGGGCAAGAAGUAGGAGCAAUUGGAGGAUUGCAGCAUAAAUUAGCCGCCUCGGUAGGAAAAGGAAUAAAUACUUUUAUCCUCGCUAAAAAAAAUGAAAGUAGCCAAAACAAAGAGGAAAGUUUUGAUGAUACUCCUACAAGAGUAGUCGAAAAAAUUAAACAAGUUCACUUUAUCAGUCAAGUUAGCCAAAUCGAGACUGCUUUGUUGGAAAUAAUGACAGAACCGGACAAGCAUGUGUUUCAUAGUUGCGGUGCCAAUCCUCCUGAAAAACCGAGAAGAGACCCAGGAAAUAAUGGACCAAAUAAUCCACCAAAUCCUAAUUCUUCAAUCACUCCGGACCAGUUAUUAAGUCUAGAGGUAGAAGUUUUUUCACAAGAUGUUUCAGUUUUCCCCAAAGACCAACAAGAUUUUAAAAGAAAAUUAAUGGGGAUUGUUAUGGAAAACGAUAAUCAUUAUAAAGCAGUUGAAGACGUUAUAGAACUUCGUAAAAAAUAUCUUCAGAAAAUUCAAGCAGUUGAAAAAGAAAAUUUUGGCAUAGAUGAGGCGAAAGAGAAAGCAGAGAUAGAUAAGUUGGAGCAAGAUUUAAAAGAUUUGACUAAUGAACUGGUGAACUGA